AUGGCCCGCUACCAAGGCCUCGACUCGUCCGACCUGUUCCGCUUCGACACCCUCGCCUUGCGCGACGACAUCCUCGUCUCGGACGACAACGCCGUCUCCAAGGUCGAGUACGAUGAGUACGUCGUCUUCAAGAAGGACAAUGGCAUCCCCUCGGGCGCCAAGACGGGGCUAGAGGACGACGAGGAUAUCAGUUUCCAAAUGCAGCACAAGGACGAGGUGCCGGGUCACCACACGCUUAAUCUAGCCUUUCGUCAUGGGUACUCUGUUGACCAUAAUGGAGUGUUCACACAAGAGCCGGCACGGCACCCGGAGUUGGUUCUAGAUGGACGGGUUCGACGAGUCAACAGCAUCUGCUUCCGCCGCAACAAAUCCUUUGACCGCCGAGAAGACGGCAUCACCAUGACCCCAAGAGACCUCGACGCAAUGGAUCUUCACCCCGCCACCCUCCAAUACUCCCGCCGCGUCACAAACGAAUCCCGCUUCUGGUCCCUCGACCGCUCCAAACUGAGCCUCAUUCUCUCCUUCUCCAAAAACCCAAGAACCCCCUACGACUUCAUGUCCCUAACCUACGACGUCCGCAACCGCACCUCCUCCGUCCUCGUCCGCCAAUCCUACCACCCGCGCCAGCACUCCCUCGAGAACCUAGACGAAUACGACCAGCGCCUCGAGGCCUGCCGCGCCCACUGGGCCCACCCCUUCAUCACCCCCGUCGUCCUCCUCCAAGUCCAGUUCAUGCGCACCGAAGAGGCCGUCAUGGAGAACAUCAACCACGUCAAAGCCCUCGAGUGGCAGGUCAGCUCCAUCGCCGGCUUCGAGGCCUUUGAAAUGGAGCGCGAGAAGCGCUCAAAGCUCAUGCGCAGACUGACGUUCGCCUCGUCCACGGCCGCGGCCUCGCACAACGAGAAGACGCCACAGAUUGCCGGGCCGAUGAGCAUGGCGAACCUGAUGAAGAGCGCGCACGACGUGCUCAAAGAGUCGAUUAAGCUGCUGGACACCGUGCGUUGGAUGGAGAGGGUGGUCAAGCUGAUGCUGCAGGCCGGCGACGAGCUCGCGGAGCGCAUGUCGACGGGGGAGCUCAAGAUCCGUCUCGACGAUUUCCACGUACGACAGACGGACGCCGAUCAGAGGGAUGAACAGGACCAGCAGGUGCAGCCCGACGAGCCGCCCACGGGCCCGCCGUCGAGGUCGUCUGCGAGUACGAGGAGGCGGUCGCUGCCCAAGGCGCCGGAUCCGCUGGCUGAUCCGCUGGGGAACCAUUGGCAUGAGAUACGGCAGUAUCUUGAGGGGUUGCAGCGGAUGUGUAUGGGUCUCGAGACGGAUCGACGCAUGUCGGAGGCCCGGUGCCGCGCCCAGAUUGAUAUUAUCUACAGUAAAAUGGCCCAAGAAGACAACGUCCUCAACGCCCGCAUGGCCGUCGCCUCCUCCCGCGACUCCUCCUCAAUGAAAGCCCUCGCCGUAAUAACAGCAGUCUUCCUCCCCGGCGAGUUCCUCGGCACCCUCUUCGGCAUGUCCAUGUUCGACUGGCAAGCCUCGGGCGAAGACGCAGACAGCAGCGACAACGGAGGCGGGACGUCAACGAACCCCAAAGAUCCCAUCCCCGUGCUGAGCCACCUGUUCUGGGUCUACUGGGCCACCGUCAUCCCUCUGACGAUCGGUAUCCUCGUCGCCUGGCGCGCGUGGUGGGUGAGCCAGGACCGGUAUUUCCGACGGCACCUGUCGAGGGAGUUGUCGGAGGAGCGGUACUGGACUGCUGAUGGGAAGCCGAGGGAUUUGGAGCAUUCUUUCUGGUGGGAUUUCUUUUAUCUGUCUGUGAGGCGGGAUGAGCGGCCCGCUCCGUCCGCGAGCGAUCUGUAUGGGAGUAAUACGCUUGAGCUGUCGCCGAGUAUGUCGCAGGAUAAGGACGACAUGAGGUCACCGCGAGGGGAUAUGACUGUGCGGAGAGGGCAGAUCUCGUUUUUGAGGUCGCAGAGUAUCCGGCAGCGGAAUACUGUUGCUGUGUAG